GUGGAGAGGAAGCGGCGCGCGCCGCAGCCCGGGGUGGGAUUUGAACGCUGCGCAUGCGCAGACGUGGCGCUGGGCGGGAUCUAGGCGGCGGCGGACUCUGAGAGCCCAGAAGUGCAAUGUCUCAGGAAGGCAGUUAUGGGAAGUGGACAGUAUCCAGUAGUGAGGAAAGUGAUGGGGAAAAGCCUGAACCAGACAAACCCUCCACCUCAUCUGUCCUUCGCACUGGGCAGGAAGCAGCACAGGUGCCGAGCUACACCUGCUCCGAGGCUCGGAAAGCUGCAUACAGGAGGCAGAUGUCACCUGUGAAAUUCAGCAAUGCAGAUUCAGUUUCACCUCCCAAAAAGCAGAGAAGUAGCUCCCAGGACGACCUGGGCUGGCAUCUGUCCAGCAGUGAGGAUGAGCUGGGACCAGAAACACAGCAAACACAGUCUGAGCGCAUAGUGGUCAAAGAAGAAAAAGACAACCCUGCUCCCAAAAAUGGUGCUGCCCAAAGAACGGGAAAUAAUGGACUUCCUGCCAGCCACAGGCUCAAAGAGGAAGAUGAGUACGAGACCUCAGGAGAAGGCCAGGACAUUUGGGACAUGUUGGAUAAAGGGAACCCCUUCCAGUUCUACCUCACUAGAGUCUCAGGAAUUAAGCCGAAGUACAACUCCAAAGCCCUUCACAUCAAAGAUAUUUUAUCUCCUCUAUUUGGGACACUUGUUUCCUCAGCUCAGUUUAACUACUGCUUUGACGUGGACUGGCUUGUAAAACAGUAUCCACCAGAAUUCAGAAAGAAACCCAUCCUGCUUGUACAUGGUGACAAACGGGAAGCUAAGGCUGAUUUGCAUGCACAGGCAAAGCCCUAUGCCAACGUUUCCCUGUGCCAGGCGAAAUUGGAUAUUGCCUUUGGAACACACCACACUAAAAUGAUGCUACUACUGUAUGAAGAAGGCUUCCGGGUUGUCAUUCACACUUCCAACAUCAUCCGCGAAGACUGGCACCAGAAGACCCAAGGAAUAUGGUUGAGCCCCUUGUACCCACGACUUGAUCCUGGAAGCCAGAAAUCUGGAGAAUCAAGAACACAUUUUAAAGCUGACCUCAUCAGUUACUUGAUGGCUUAUAAUGCUCCUCCUCUCAAGGAAUGGAUAGAUACCAUCCGGGAGCACGAUCUCUCUGAAACAAAUGUUUACCUUAUUGGCUCAACCCCAGGACGUUUUCAAGGAAGUCAAAAAGAUAACUGGGGACAUUUUAAGCUUCGAAAGCUUUUGAAAGAACAUGGUACACCCGUACCUAAAACCGAAUGCUGGCCUCUAGUGGGUCAGUUUUCAAGCAUUGGCUCUUUGGGAGCUGAUGAAUCUAAAUGGUUAUGUUCAGAGUUCAAAGAGAGCUUGCUGACGCUGGGACCAGAAAACAAAAUUCCAGGGAAAAGCUCUGUUCCUCUUCAUUUGAUCUACCCUUCUGUGGAAAAUGUGCGAACCAGCUUAGAAGGAUAUCCCGCUGGGGGCUCUCUUCCCUAUAGCAUCCAGACAGCUGAGAAACAGAAAUGGCUACAUUCCUACUUUCACAAGUGGUCGGCGGAGACAUCUGGCCGCAGCAAUGCCAUGCCCCACAUCAAGACUUACAUGAGGCCCUCUCCAGACUUCAGCAGAAUCGCCUGGUUCCUUGUCACAAGCGCAAAUCUGUCCAAGGCCGCAUGGGGAGCGCUGGAGAAGAACGGCACCCAGCUGAUGAUCCGCUCCUACGAGCUCGGGGUCCUCUUCCUCCCAUCAGUGUUUGGCCUGGACAGCUUCAAAGUGAAGCAGAAAUUCUUCUCUGGCAGCCAGGAUCCCACAACUGCCUUCCCUGUGCCGUACGAUCUGCCCCCGGAGCUGUACGGGAGUAAAGAUCGGCCAUGGAUUUGGAACAUUCCUUAUGUGAAAGCACCAGAUACACAUGGGAACAUGUGGGUGCCGUCCUGAGCCUCCUGAAGCCCUGUGAAAUUUGAGCGUAAGACGCUGACCCCCCAGACACUGACUGUUCUUGUUUGUACUUGAUGCUCACUUCCCUUAGAGUCUUACUCGCACCUCUAUAAAACUUUUUGUAAAGGUUGCUCUGUGAACAUGGGAGUUAAACUUUUAAUGGUCAUUAUUGAUAUUCCUACUAAAAAAGUGCUAUUUUCUUAACUCACUUUUUUGUACUUUGGAAAGAAAGCAAUUAAACUUCAUGAUGUUAAAAAAAAAA